UUUGACAUUAGCAUACUUUUAUAUCCACAUAUAGGUCAUAUAAAAAGAAGAAAAUUGUAAAUCAUGUGGACUACUGGAAUAUUUAUUUCUUUUCUCGUUGGCUGUAUCUCUGUUUCUGGGUUCAUGUUCGAUGACCCAUGUGACGUUUUUCCACAAUAUUCAGGCGGAAUUCCCAAUACUAACGACUUCACAACAACUGUUAAAGUGCCAGCAAACUGUAGAAAUGGUACAUUCCGAUGGGACUAUCCAAAAGGUCACACGAUGCUCGAGUUUCAAAACGUGCACGAGACGGAGAGAACAAUCUGUAUCAAAGACAGUCUAGGUGGAGAUGUGUUCAACAUCACUGACAAGGCCUACAACCAACGUCUGGGGAAAUUCGAUUAUAAACACUGGUCGUGUACGAGUCCAUCGGCUGCACGAGAAACUGUCCUGCAGGUUGACGCACCAGUGAUGCAGUUGUAUGUAGCAGCUAUCGAGUACAGAAUACAGCAGUAAUGGUGUAUAAAAUUGGUUAAAUGUCUUGCAGAAGUAAAAGUAAAUAAAUUGUCAAACUAUU